AAAAAUGAGUGAGAGAGAAUGAUAGAGGAGAGGUGAGUGACUUUGUGCACAAUAUGGCGUCUUUUGUGCUCUCAAGUUGAUUUUGCGGUGGAAUUUCCGUGCAAUUUUCGCAACAUUUUGGCUAUUUAAAUCAGCCCCAAGUGCCCCUUCGCAAUCCGCAAAGUGAUCCAUUUACUGUGUAUAAGGGGCUGAGAAAGUUUUAAGCUUUUUUUAUUUUGGGUUUUUUUAAAGAUAAAUCUGUGUUGGUUUUUCUCUUUUUUUUUUCUUGUGUGUGUGGUAACUUUUUCCGUGUUUUAUUAAUUCUUCUUCUCCCAAAAAGUGGCCCCCGUUUGAGGCCAAAGAGAGAGAGAGAAGGCAAAGAAAAAAUUUGAAAAAAAAACAGUGAAACAAGAAAUGCAUGAGAACAGUCACCUGGUGGGACGGACUUGGAAUGCAUAUUCCAGAUAAAAUGUCCUGAUUCUGAAUUAAAAAAAAAAAUAAAGAAAAAAACAAAACAAGUAAAAUGCUCGACAAUCUUUCAAGUCGAGUUUUGUGGAUGAAAAGAACAAAUGUUUAAAAGGGGAUAUUUUGUGAUUUAAAGGAAUAAACAACAAAUAAUAAAAGGAAUAGACUUUUUUUUGCUAAAAUAAUACAUUUAAAAAAAAAUAAAUAAUAAUAAUUAAUAAUAGUAAGAACCUGUGAUUUUAGUGACUAAGAGAAUAAUUCCAUUUUCAUCGAAAUAAUGCACAAAAUGAUUGCACAAUAGAGCUCUAGAGCAACAGCAACAACAACAACAACAAAAUAUAAGGAAGAAGAAAAAACAUAGACAAUGUCACAAAUUGAGAGAAAAAUUGGGACGAGUUGAGCGCCCCAAAGCACAAUGCUGAAUCUCCUGGGAACGUCAAUUGAUCGCCCCUUUCGGAUUUGGAUGGCGAUUCUCAUUAUUCCGGGAGUCUCCAUUGUUGCUGGCUCAAAGUAUGAGACAGCUUAUGCUUGCGAGGGCAAGACACUGACGCUCGAAUGUGAUCCGGGCAAUGUGAUAAAUCUGAUACGGGCCAAUUAUGGUCGUUUUUCCAUAACAAUCUGCAAUGAUCAUGGCAAUGUUGAAUGGAGUGUCAAUUGUAUGUCACCCAAGAGUUUACGUGUUUUGCAUGCUAAAUGUGCCCUAAAGCACAAAUGCAGCGUCCUGGCGUCCACAUCACUGUUCGGUGAUCCAUGUCCGGGCACCCAUAAGUACCUUGAAGCUCACUAUCAGUGCAUCUCGGCACUGCAGACAUCCACAACGACCGGUCGACCACCGCCGCCGUGGAUAACAUCAGCACCGAGCAUCUGGACUGCUGCGACGGUGCGUGUGCCCGUGGCUGUGAGUCAGGAAGUUAGUUUGGAUGUUAAAGAGGAACAAGUGAUCAGUACAUCGGGAGUAACGGAGCCAAUUGUCACGACAGUAUCACCCAACAAAGGGAUUGAACCCGAGCAGAAGUCAUCGGUGACAGCAAUUCAAGAAAGCACAACUUCAGUACCAAUUGUUGCCACUGUUGGCUCAAUUAAUCGGAUAAUGGCGUCAACGGCUGUCCCCGAAGUCACCCAUGUCAAUGCCCACCGCGACAAUGUAUUCUGUGGUCCAACAACAGCCAGAAAUAUGUUUUGGAAUGUGACCCGUGUGGGUGAUGUUAAUGUACAAUCGUGUCCAGGUGGUGCAACGGGAAUUGCUAAAUGGCGCUGCCUCCUACGUGACACAACUGACAGCCAUUUGUCAGCUCAAUGGCAACCAAGUAGUCCAGAUCUGGCCCAAUGUCGAAGUUUGUGGUUGAAUAAUUUAGAAAUUCGUGUCAAUAUGCGUGAUUCAUCAAUCAUAAGUAUUGCCAAUGAUCUAUCCCAAGUGACAAGUAGUAAAACACUUUAUGGUGGUGAUAUGCUCGUAACGACAAAAAUUAUUCAAACAAUGUCAGAUAAAAUGGCAUAUGACAUUGAGACAUUUCCCGAUCAAAAACAGAGAGAAGCCAUUGUCUAUGAAUUGUUGCAUGGUGUCGUUAAGACAGCGGGAAAUCUUUUGGAUGCCAGUCAACAGAUGUCAUGGCAAGAUUUGAGUUUUGAGGAUCAAAUGCGUGUGGCAACGUCCCUAUUGACCGGUCUCGAGGAAAAUGCCUUUUUGUUGGCUGAAACGAUAAUAAGGGAGAGGAAUGUUGUGCAACGUGUUAAGAAUAUUCUAUUGUCAAUUCGUGUCCUUGAAACAAGAAAUAUUGCAUCUGCUGAAGUAUUUCCGGAUACAGCAGAACAAUGGAGCAUCAGUCGGGAUACCAUUGAGCUACCAAAGGGUGCAUUGAUGGAGAAUAGCGAUGGUGGUCUUGUUAGAAUUGUUUUUGUGGCAUUUGAUCGUCUUGAAAAUAUCCUAAAGCCACCAGCUGACACAACACAAAAACUAUCACUUCCAAUAGGUAAUCAGUUAAAUGCGACACAGCCGAAGAAUCGUGUUCUGAACAGCAAAGUGAUAUCAGCUAGUUUGGGCAAAGGACGUCACAUUCAGCUGUCACAGCCAAUUAGACUGACCUUCCAGCAUCUCAAGACGGAGAAUGUAUCUCAGCCAAUUUGUGUCUUCUGGAGCUACAUAGAUCAUGCAUGGUCUGAAGAUGGUUGCCAUGUUGAAGCGACAAAUGUGACACAUACCGUCUGUUCGUGCAAUCAUUUAACAAAUUUUGCCAUUUUAAUGGACAUUGUGGCACCAACAGUUGAUACAGCUGUGACAUUGAGCCGAAAUGUCCGGAUUAUGAUCUACAUCAGCAUAUCACUGUGUAUAUUGUUUGUAGUUAUAGCAUUAGCCAUAUUUAAGCUGUACAAUGGGCAAUUUCUCAAGGUAAGCGAACCCACCCAAGUCACCUUAUCACGCACCCAAGUACCAACACAUCACUAUCAUCCAUCCACAAUGUCAACACCAACACCAUCAGCGCCAUCUGGUGGUGGUGGUGGUGUUGGUGGUGGAUCAGGUGAAACACAAUCGAGACUCCUAGCACCUAUUCCCAAUAAUCCAUUGCCAGCCUUUACACUUUUGGCCAAUUUCAACAAUGUCCACCAUCAUCACCAUCAUCUCCAUCAUCACCUUCAUCAUCAUCACAGUCGUCCAGCUCCAGCUGGAAAUCUCAAUGUCAUACGAAAUAAUCUAGAAACUGUCAAUUUGCACGAUUUUUCUGUCUAGAACAGAGAAACAAACCAACAAAGAAAACCAAUCGAUUGCCAAA